AUAGUGUUUGCCACACAAUCCAUUUAUGUCUUCCUUACUUUGGCGAAAGUUUUAUGAAAGCAUCGUUUGAUCAAACGGGCCAAAUCUUUACGAAAUGGCAACAGUUUCAGGACCAUCGUCACCGGAGGAGAAGCCAAUCGUAAAGCAACCAAACGAUUUCCCUUCGACGAUCAAAUCAAAAACCCUAGAGGAAGUCACUCCAUGGAUCGACAGCGCAGUUCAACAAGCUCUUAUUUACCAAAAGAACAUGGAAGAGACACUUGAAGGCGCCACUAGUGUCUUCAGAUCUCGUUUCUCUGAAAUUCGUUCCACUUCUUCCGCCCAUUUCCAUCAAACUAUAGAUUCUUUGCAAGAUUUCAAGUCCGAGUUUGAUGCUUACGAGGAUAUGCUAUUUGGAAAGGUUAAAGAGGGCGUUAAGAUUGCAGUUUCACAUCCAAUAAUUACAGGCGGGGUUGCUGUUGGCUUGGGACUUGCGCUUCUGAAGAGGCCAAGACGCUUUUUAUACUACAAUACUUUGCGCCUUUUUGUGAGUGAAGAGUCCUUACUUUCUCAAGCGGAUGCGAAAGUAAAGGAAUUGCGGCAAUCAAUUAGCCUCCUGAAGGCUGAAAGUGAGAAGAUAGAGAAGAGAGCAUCAUUAGCCGAAACAGAGUUGAUUCGUGGUAGGACAAAACUCAGACAAGCAGGGAAGCAGAUCCAAGGUGUGAUACGCUCGGCCUAUAAGAUUGAAAAGCAAGCAGCAGGCUUGAAGGAUGUCCUUCGGGACCUACCUAGCAGAGAAGCAUCUAGAUUCCGCUCAAAGGUUUCGAGCCUUUCUUCUGAGGCAAAGCAAGAGAAGAACGCCUUGACUAAGGAGAUUACAAAAAUUAGUAACUAUGGGAUCUCAGUUUGAAAAUGUUCUUUUGCUUAUACUCCAUUAUUACACUUGUACUCCAGGUUGAGAUCAGCAAUUGCAUAUCUAACAUGUAAGAUAUGUCUUCUCUUCUUGGAGUUCUAAGUUCAGAUUUUGAAAUUUGUUAGAAGUAUAAGCAAAAACACCACUAAAUGGUAAAUUGUGCAGUCAUCAAAGACAUACAUUAUGGAUGGAUAAGAAGAAUGGGAUAGCCAAGGCUGAAGGCUCCAUUAGAUAAUUCAAUUUACUGGUUGUUGGAGCUCUCUGCAGUUCAUUGUUAGAGACUGAUUUAUUGCUUAUCUGCUGAAUAUAAGUCUGAAUAUGCUGGUCUAUGCUGAACAUUGCUUGUUAUAUUUAUAACAACAUUAUUCGGCUUGGCGGAAAUAGUUUA